AUGGUCGCUGUUAUUUCCAAGAAGAGAAAGCUAGUCGCUGACGGUGUUUUCUACGCCGAACUGAACGAGUUCUUCACUAGAGAGCUCGCUGAGGAGGGCUACUCCGGUGUUGAGGUGCGUGUCACCCCAACCAAGACCGAGGUCAUCAUCAGAGCCACCAGAACCCAGGACGUUCUAGGUGAGAAUGGCCGCAGAAUCAACGAGCUGACCUUGUUGGUUCAGAAGAGAUUCAAGUACCAGGCCGGUUCCAUCGUUCUGUACGCUGAGCGUGUCCAGGACCGUGGUUUGUCCGCUGUCGCCCAGGCUGAGUCCAUGAAGUUCAAGUUGCUGAACGGUUUGGCCAUCAGAAGAGCCGCCUACGGUGUCGUCCGUUACGUUAUGGAGUCCGGCGCCAAGGGUUGCGAGGUCGUCAUCUCCGGUAAGUUGCGUGCCGCCAGAGCCAAGUCCAUGAAGUUCGCCGACGGUUUCUUGAUCCACUCCGGUCAGCCAGUUGCCGACUUCAUCGACACCGCCACCAGACACGUUCUGUUGAGACAGGGUGUUUUGGGUAUCAAGGUCAAGAUCAUGAGAGACCCUGCCAGAAACAGAGUCGGUCCAAAGGCCUUGCCAGACGCUGUCAAGAUCUUGGAGCCAAAGGAGGAGGAGUACGUCGAGUCUCCUUCCGUCAAGGACUACAGACCAGCUCCUCAGGCCCAGGAGGCCCCAGAGGCUCAAGAGGCCCAGGCUCCUGCUCCAGUCGAGGCCUAA